CUUAUUCUUCUACAUCCAUAGAUGCUUGAGAAGCUGUGUUUUUGUCAUUCAUGUACAUUUUCCUUUGGAAAAAGAAAGCGCCUAUUUUACUAACCAAAGACUUGAUUUUUACCCUCUUCAUUUUUAUUGCCUCAUAGAAAUAAGCCCAAUUGGAUCCAUGUCAAUGUUUUAAGAGAUUUUUUUAGUUGUGUUUUUUUUCUUUCAGAGACCAGAAUUCCACAUCAGUACAAUUUAGAGUGAUAAGCUGCGAUCUUUGAGCUAGCUAUAAAUAGACAUUUCAAGCAAACAAACAACUUUUGAGUAGAGGGAAAAAAGGCGUUGAGGCAUCAGGUUAUCAUUUUUUAUUGUGAGAUUCUGAUCCUAAAAAUAAUAAAUGGGGGAUUACGGGUUUGGAGUGCUAGUGCAAAGCAAUACUGGGAAUAAAUCUGCUUUUCCAGUCAGAUUCCAUCCACAUCUGCAGCCUCCUCACCAUCACCAAAAUGCCACCCCCAGCCCUGCUGCUUUUAUAAAUAAUAACACAGCUGCCAAUGGCAGCAGUGCUGGGUCAGCUUGGCUCUUUCCUGCUCCAGCUACACAUAACAUUCAGGAUGAAAUCUUGGGGUCAGAAAAAGCAAAAAGUCAGCAACAGGAACAGCAAGACCCCUUAGAAAAGCAGCAGCUUUCCCCAAGUCCCGGUCAGGAAGCUGGGAUACUGCCUGAAACCGAGAAGGCAAAAUCAGAAGAAAAUCAAGGGGACAAUUCUUCAGAAAACGGCAAUGGGAAGGAGAAAAUAAGAAUCGAAUCUCCAGUCUUGACAGGAUUUGAUUAUCAAGAAGCCACCGGGCUAGGUACUUCGACCCAACCCUUGACAUCUAGUGCAUCGUCUCUUACUGGUUUCAGUAACUGGUCAGCAGCGAUAGCGCCUUCUUCCUCUACAAUAAUCAAUGAAGAUGCAAGUUUCUUUCACCAGGGUGGGGUCCCUGCCGCUUCGGCUAAUAACGGUGCUCUGUUGUUUCAAAAUUUUCCCCAUCAUGUCAGCCCUGGCUUUGGAGGCAGCUUCUCUCCUCAGAUCGGGCCUCUCUCACAGCACCACCCUCAUCACCCUCAUUUCCAGCAUCAUCACAGCCAGCAUCAGCAGCAAAGGAGGUCUCCUGCCAGUCCCCAUCCCCCACCCUUCACACAUAGAAAUGCUGCUUUUAACCAGCUGCCUCAUUUGGCGAAUAAUCUUAACAAACCCCCCUCUCCAUGGAGCAGCUACCAGAGUCCCUCUCCAACACCCUCUUCUUCCUGGAGCCCAGGAGGUGGUGGAUAUGGUGGCUGGGGAGGUUCCCAAGGCCGAGAUCACCGCAGAGGGCUGAAUGGUGGAAUAACGCCCCUGAACUCCAUCUCGCCUUUGAAGAAAAAUUUUGCAAGCAAUCAUAUUCAGCUUCAGAAGUAUGCUCGGCCCAGCUCUGCCUUUGCUCCUAAAUCCUGGAUGGAAGAUAGCUUGAACAGGGCUGACAACAUUUUUCCUUUUCCGGAUCGCCCCAGGACAUUUGACAUGCACUCACUGGAGAGUUCACUCAUUGACAUAAUGAGAGCUGAAAAUGAUACCAUUAAAGGUCGUCUAAACUAUUCAUAUCCAGGAUCCGAUAGCUCUCUGCUUGUUAAUGGUCAGUCUUCACUGUUUCCAAUGGAAGAUGGAUUUUUGGAUGAUGGCCGUGGGGAUCAACCUCUUCAUAGUGGCCUGGGUUCACCUCACUGCUUCACUCACCAGAAUGGGGAAAGAGUGGAACGAUAUUCUCGCAAGGUGUUUGUGGGUGGAUUGCCUCCAGACAUUGAUGAAGAUGAGAUCACAGCUAGUUUUCGUCGCUUUGGUCCUUUGAUUGUAGAUUGGCCUCAUAAAGCAGAGAGCAAAUCCUAUUUUCCUCCUAAAGGCUAUGCAUUCCUGCUGUUUCAAGAUGAAAGCUCUGUUCAGGCUCUCAUUGAUGCAUGCAUUGAAGAAGAUGGAAAACUCUACCUGUGUGUAUCGAGCCCCACUAUCAAGGAUAAGCCAGUACAGAUUCGGCCUUGGAAUCUCAGUGACAGUGACUUCGUGAUGGAUGGUUCACAGCCGCUUGACCCACGAAAAACUAUAUUUGUUGGUGGUGUUCCUCGACCAUUACGAGCUGUGGAGCUUGCAAUGAUAAUGGAUCGGCUGUAUGGAGGCGUGUGCUAUGCUGGGAUUGAUACCGACCCCGAGCUAAAAUACCCGAAAGGAGCUGGGCGAGUGGCAUUCUCUAAUCAACAGAGUUACAUAGCUGCUAUCAGUGCCCGCUUUGUUCAGCUGCAGCAUGGAGAGAUAGAUAAACGGGUGGAAGUUAAGCCAUAUGUCUUGGAUGAUCAGCUGUGUGAUGAAUGUCAGGGGGCCCGUUGUGGGGGAAAAUUUGCUCCAUUUUUCUGUGCUAAUGUUACCUGUCUGCAGUAUUACUGUGAAUAUUGCUGGGCUGCUAUUCAUUCUCGUGCUGGCAGGGAAUUCCACAAGCCCCUGGUGAAGGAAGGCGGUGACCGCCCUCGGCAUAUUUCAUUCCGCUGGAACUAAAGGAUGACUACAGUGCUCAUUUUCAGGCCUCAGAAUAAGUGCACUCUUCUGUUCGUUCUUACCCCUUCCUCAACCUCUUCACGCUGGCAUGUCCUUUUGUAGCAGUCUGUAACUUAACAAUAGUAUAAUGAACAGAAUGACCUAUAAUAUAGGUGUUUUGUAGAUUCAUGUGUCACUGCAAACAAUAUGUAUGAACUCCUUUUUCAUAUUGCCAUCAGGUUGCAUAGAAGUUUUAUUCUCUUGUUUUGUUGGAGACCAAGAGGAUCCAAACUUCCUGCAACUUUUUCUUAGAGGAGAGAGAGAAAUAUUAAAAGAGAAAUGAAACAAUAGAGUAUUUUGGGUUUUUAAUUAAAUUAUUGUUAAUAAUAUAACAUAUAAGAAUACUUUUAUUAAAAUAACCGUGCAACAAUAACACUAUCAGUCUAUCUGACACAGUUUUUCCCCCAGGGAAGUGCUUUUGCCUUGUCCUUUCUUUUCUUCCAUCUUUUUUGUCUCUCUCUUUUUUCCAUCCCCUUUUUAUUCUUUUAACAGCAAUGGAGGAAGUUAACCAUUUUUAACAGGAAAGAGCAUGUUAGAGCAAACAAAUGCAUGAGCAAGAUUGAGCAGCAUUAUAAUUAAUUUUAAGGGUUUUGAGGCUGAUCGUAAUUUCAUUAUCCCUCAAAGUUACUACCACAUCAGAAAAAAAGAAUAGUAAAGUCAGCAGAGCUAGAUUUAUUUUCUUUUAAACAGUUUUUAAAAUUCAGAAUGUAAAAAUUGGGUAAAUUUACUACUGAGGGGAGUGCACUUAUUUAUUUAACUUACUUAUCUAGUCACAGCCCCAGGAAACCUACCAAAGCUAGAAUUAGAGACAACUGGUGGGAAAGCUAGCAUUUCCUUUCCUAAGGAACAAAUGUAAAAGUUUUAUUUUUGAUGUUAUAUAUAAACUCUGUAUCCCAAUUUACUAACACUCAUCAGGUGUCAGCCUUUGCUCUCCAUUUUGACAUUAAAAAACACCAACAACAGAUCUAGAGAUACCUCAAGGAUAUCAUUUUUGAUUUUGUGUUAUAAUACACUUGUAGCCAAAACUGGAAGACAACCAAUAUACAAAUUGGCUGCUGAUUGGCUUACUUUUAUAUUUAAAGUUACUUUGGGUAUCCUGUAAUUUAGUUGUAACAUAGAAAAUGGAAAAAAAAAAAGUUAAGUAGUUGCAAAGUGUUUUGCACUGUUGAAUUAAGUAAAUGUGUAAAUCUGUGCAAAGGUAUGUAUGUUUAUCUUACUCUUCCUAUAAAGUAAAAUAACAUUACAGUUUCAGAAUUUAGCAUGGGACAUAGUCAGUGUUUGAAGUGCCAACUUCAUCAAGUAAUGCAUGCUUUAUUAUAAAUAAAAUUCUAGCUUUGAAAGGUGUUAUGUGUUGAACAGUAUGCUUCAGGAGUAAAUUUAAAAUAGUCUCUUGAAGCCCUAGUCAUGGAAGUAACUUUUAUUUUAAUUGACAUUCUCUUAUUAAAUGCCCUAUCCAUCAUUAAAAGGAUUAUUAUCAGUGGGCAAAUUAUUAAAUAAUAAUAAUAACAAAACUGAAGAGCAAUCUUGCUAGUUGUGCUACCUAACAGUACCAUCUUGGAUCCUUCAAAACCAAAGACUUGCUCCAGCGCUGCUGUGGAACCACCUGGCUGAUGACCCCUACUGGUGAUCUUUAGGAAAAGCAGUCCUUUAUUUUUAAUACAGGCUUUAAUGAACGAUACCUGUUAAGUUCCAAAGGUCAAAAUGGAGGCAUUUGCUGUCUAAUAGUCAAACAUAGAAAGGGAGCUGCUUUAAAGAAUUCCCUGCAAAUAUCGAAAGCAGUCAUGCGAAUGGAGGGUGCUCUUGUGUAGCUGGUCAGGGACUUUUUUUUCUUUUCUCCUGAACUACAUAAUUCUAAUUGGAAUGUUCAUUUGCCUCUUCUUAUUCUUUUAAAUGCUUGUAGGUGGCUUGGGGUGUGCUAUUGUGCUGUUCCUACUCAGUAAACAGGUGUGAUGAGUUAACAAGAAAUAACACUGUUUGAGAACUAGCUUUGAAUAAUAAUUUUUCCCUUUGUACAUGACCUGCUGAAUUUCGGUACAGUGUUUUUGUAGCUAACUUAUUUUGUCAUGCACAUAAUGUAUAUUUGUUAUGCACUACUUUUGUAUAUCUUGUUUUUCCAACAGUGAACAUUUUUAGGCACACUUUUCACUGACGGGAUAUCUCUUUAUGCAAUACCUCAAUUUUUCAUAUUGCAAAGAGUAGCUUUUUGUACUUUUAUUACUGAGAGAUCUUCAUAUACUUCAUUUUUUAAUAUAAAUAAUUUUAAUAAAUUUUAUUUUCUUAUAUUCUGCUUUUUAUACAUUUCAGUGCUCUGCAUACAUUUUAAAUUAUGAAUGUUGUGCACUGGCAAUGCUAUUUUAGAGUCUGCAGAGAAGAGAAAGCAUGUUGCUUAAACAUUCUUCCCCAGCACCAGCUAUUGGUGUACCUAUAAUUUAAGGAAUAGUCUAUGUAAAGUCACAAAUUAAUGAAAAAAAUUCGCAUGAAAAUGACAGAUAACACUGUAGUUCCUUAAAAAAAAUUAAAUGCAUAAACAUAGGGUAGAAAUUUAAAAUAACAAAAUUGUCUACAGCUUCUUACUAAGUUUUUAAAAUUAUUCAUAAAAUGCAGACAUUUUUGGUGAAUGUUAGCCAUUUUUAAUAUUAAUAAAUUGAUGUUAAGUGUUUGAUUCAGAGAUGUCUGCUCUUUUAAAUUAUAUAUAAGAAAAAAAAAUAGCCUGCCGUGGGACAGGUGUGUAAUGUUAGUAUGCAUGACUAAUGUAAGAAAUUGUUAUUCUACUAAUAUUUACUUGUGAUUGUGUGACAAGUGUGUUUACAGAUUAUUUGGUUACACUUCAAUUUACAGGGCAUAAACAAUGAUUAUCUAUUACUCUGAACUUUAUUGAUUACAUGUUCGUCAGAUUACAUGGGAUUGUAGUUGGGAGUUACCAUGUAACUCAAACAUAAUUAACAUGUAAUUAGUUUACAGAUUUUAGGGUGUCACUUCAAUUCACCAAGCAUGUAGUUCUAGCGCACUAGCAUGGCACCAGCCAUGUACUUACAAUGUAGUUACAGAGUAAUUACAUGGUUAUUUUUGCAAUGUAAAAUAAAGUGUUUCUGAUUAUUUUCUAUGUAAAGGAACCCUCUCCUUUCCCUUUCUGGUCCCCACGCUUUGGUAUAAUAUAUAUACUUCUCCAUACACAGACCUCUGCAGAAUGCAAAAUAAAACUUGCAGUGAAUGAAUUUAGCAUUUUAUGAGAGUGCUGUUGGAAAGACUUGAUAAUUCACCCCUUUUGUUUUGAAGAGUUGAAUCUUCUGUUAAAAGGUGAUUUAAAACUUGAAUGUGAUGAAUUGUGGCAAGUUAACUUCAAGUUAUGUGCAAUACUUAUUUCAAACUUUUGAAAGAUCUUUGCAGUGUAAUUCUUUGUUUUUAAUUGCAGACAUUUAAAAAUGUCAUUUUCUACUGUUAAGAGUAAUCCUCUUUCUUGCUGGUGUUUCUAAAGAAAAGAAUCAGAAAUCAAUCUUUCUACUAAUGUAAAUUUGAGAUUAUUUUUAAAAAUGGAAUAAAAGAGGUUUUGGUCA